GGAGAGGCCUGCUAGCCGGGGAUUCCUGGGUGGUUGGACUACAGCUGCCAUGAUCCCCUGCCCCCUCACUGAACUAGCUGGCUGGGGCUGAUGGGAGCCACAAGCCAACCCCCCCCCGCCGCUUGAGCCUGGGUUGAGCGUGGCUGUGCCGCGUGUUCCCUCUGAGGAGCGCCAGCGUCCAGAGGUCUCAACGGAGACGGAGGUCUUCCCAGUCCGGAGCAGGGCUCAGGAGACCCGGGUUCAAAAUCUCCCUUCCAUGACCUGGGGACCUAUCCGCUCUCUCCGCCGGACCCCCCUCCCUCGCAGGGCACACCUAAAAGGCGGAGUGUGGGUGGCACCAUGGAUUUCUGGAGGUUCCGGUCCUGCCAUGCGAACCGCAAGAAACCGACUCGCCGAUCCUACACCAUCUACCGCAAUAUGGCAGAAAACGAGGGAGACCCUGACGGGCGGCAGGUGGAGGUCAUCGUGGCAGAGGCCACCCCGGCGGGGACCUUGGCGGGCGACGGCCGCCGGAAAGUGAGGGAAGGGGGCCGGUGCCCAUGCCAGGGGCGGUGGAGGACUAUGGCGUACGUCGGGCUCAUGGGCAUCUUCGUCUUCGUUGUUGGCUUCCUCCUGGGCUACACGACACCCCGGGGCUCCCCCUGCUCAGGGUGCGGAGACCUCAUGGCGAUGGUGAACGACGAAAGGCCCUACGAGACAGACGACAAGCAGGACGGGGCCCUCCUGUACUGGGCCACGCUGCGGGAGAUGUUCCAGAAGUAUCUCAACGAGGAGACCAUCGAGGGGACCAUCCGGAAAAUGAGCGAGGCCCCCCACCCGCCAGGAUCCCCCCGCCUGGACGCGCUCUCCCGCCACGUUCUGGAUGCCUUCAACUCUUUUGACCUGGACCACAGCUGGACAGACAGUCACUACGUGGGGCUGCAGCGUCCUGACUGGCGACAACCCAAUUUUCUGCACCGCGUGGAUCCCGGUGGCGCGGUGCUAGAGAAGUUGCCUCUGGGGGACCCGGACGUCUAUUGCCCUUACAGUGGUGCCAGCACCGUCACGGGCAGCCUGGUCUUCGCCAACUAUGGGCGCCGCGAGGACUUUGCGGUUCUGAAGCAGCUCGGGGUGAACCCCCGGGGUCACCUGGUCCUUGUUCGCGUCGGGGAGAUCAGCUACGCCGAGAAGGUGGCCAAUGCGGAAGCGUCCCGAGCCGAGGGGGUUCUCAUCUACCCAGACCCCUUUGACGUCCUGGAGGACCCCCGCAAACCAGGGCUGUCCCCAAACAUGAGCAUUUAUGGACAUGUUCACAUGGGUGCUGGAGACCCUUACAGUCCGGGCUUCCCAUCCUUCAACCACACCCAGUUUCCACCGAUCCAGUCCUCGGGCCUCCCGAAAAUCCCUGCUCAUCCCAUUAGUGCCAACGUGGCCUCCUACCUGCUCAGGCAGCUGGCGGGUCCCGUGGCCCCCCAAGCCUGGAAGGGGCGUCUUCCUGGCAUCCUGUACCGCCUGGGUCCUGCAGAACCCAGUUUCCGGUUACAGCUGGGAGUGCAGAACGUCAAGCAGUCCGUGAUGAUUAACAACAUAUUUGGAUGCAUUGAAGGCAGAUUUGAGCCAGAUCACUACCUUAUUGUCGGGGCCCAGCGUGAUUCUCUGGGACCCGGAGCCGCCCGGUCUGGGGUGGGCACAGCAAUCCUGCUCGAACUUGCUCGUACUUUUGCAGCCAUGGUGCGGAACGGAUUCCAACUACGAAGGAGUUUGCUUUUUGUCAGUUGGGAUGCUGGCGAUUUCGGCAGCGUGGGCUCCACGGAAUGGCUCGAGGGGUACCUCACGAUGUUGCACCUAAAGGCAGCGGCUUACAUCAGCCUGGACAACGCCGUUCUAGGAGACGAUGUAUUUUUUGCCAAGACCAGCCCAGCCCUUGUGAGCCUCAUUGAAAGUGUCAUCAGGCAGGUUGACAGCCCGAGUCGCAGCGGCCAAAGCAUUUUUGACCAGAUAACAGAACAAGGCCGGCGCUGGGAGACCGAGGAUCCGUCCUAUUCCUAUGGACAGCAGUGCCUUCGCCUUCACCUCCUUUGGGGGGGUCCCCGCUGUGGAAUUCUCUUUUGCAGAGGUGAGAGACCCUCACUCCCGGUUUGGUGUGCGAACUCUCGCCUGUACCCCUUCCUCAAUACGAUGCUAGACACCUAUGACAAUCUCAACCGCGCACUCUACGGGCGCCUUCCGGCCGUGGCCAAGACUGUGGCCGAGGUGGUGGGCCACAUCCUGAUCAAGCUGACCCAUGACCACCUUCUGCCCCUCGACUACUGGUGCUAUGGGGACGUCCUCUUGGAACACAUUGGCCGGUUCAACAAAUACUUCACCCAGUUGAAGAACCGUGGGUUGACCCUCCAGUGGAUGUAUUCUGCUCGAGGCGACUACACGCGGGCGGCGGACAAGCUGCGGAAGGACAUCUACAGCUCGGAGGAACACAACGAGAGGCUUUUGCGCAUGUACAAUGUCCGCAUUAUGCGGGUGGAAUUCUACUUCCUGUCUCAGUACGUGUCGGUCACGGAGACCCCCUUUCGUCACAUCCUGCAUGGCCGGGGGCCCCACACGCUGGGGGCCCUGCUGGAGCACGUCGACCUCCUGCGAGAGGCUCCGGAGGCCUUUGACGAGGUCCUCUUCCGCCGCCAACUGGCCCUGGUCACCUGGACGUUGCAGGGAGCGGCCAACGCCUUGAGCGGAGACGUCUGGAAUAUCGACAACAACUUCUGACAGCAGGGAAAUAUCCGGAAGGAGCAUCGAUGGCGGAGCAGAGAUCAAGCUGGCUGUGCUUUUAAAAGAAGGGGCCAUAAAGUUCCAACCGAAAUACGGAAGUCCCCCAGAUGUUCAAUGUCCUCCGUCCGCCGCCCCCCCCUUGACGUUUUUCAGCACAGUCUUCUCAAGCUCAUGCCCUCCAAAAAGGUUGGACUACAAUUCCCAUCCUUCCAGGAGGAGCUUGUAAUCCGGGGCAUCCAAAGGGCAUCUAACAAGCAUGUCUUACCGGGAAAGAAUUCAACUUUGCAGCCCUUAGAUUUUUAAUUUCAGCAAGCAAAUUCCAGCAAAACCCACACAGAGAGAAUAUGGGUUUUAGCUCUUAUCUCAGCUCCUUCCUUAUUUCCCUUCCGGUUUCUAUCUCUUUUCUCUUCCAAAUUUAUCAGUGGCAGGGGUCGCUAUAAAGUGUUUGUGUAUUGCUAUGCAAUACCGCCGGGGUGGUGGUGGUUCUGUUCCCCUGCCUUAAUUAUCCCACCUCGUUAAUUACCUCCCUGUAAUUCCCUCUCCCUCCUAAUUUAUCAGCAGCAGUGUCUGCUAUAGAUUGAAUCGAUUUAUUGCUAUGUAAUAGAGUGAAUUCCUCCAGCCUCUUAUUUUGCCCUUUUGGGGGGGGGGACUCUCCCCUCCCUUGACUCCUGAUGUGUUAAUUGCCCCUUUGCUGAUUCCCAGCUCCCCCCGCUUAAUUGCUUAUCAGGGGCAGUGAUCACUGUAAAGUUUUAUUGCUGUGCGAUGUGGCGAUCCACCUUAUUGACCUCGUUAAUAAUAACUGAAACCUUGUUAAUUUAUCAGUGGCAGAGAUCACUAUAAAUUAUUUCUUUUUA